AACCGGCUCUAUCAUACGAUGGAGACAGACUCGGUCAAAGUGGAUUCGAGCCUGUGGGUCGGCACGAAACGGUACCGCGCAGUGCUUAGCGGAUGGUACUUCAACUGGACUGAACUCGACAAGAAGAACCGAGAAAAAAAAACAAUUUCAGUGCCGAUCAGCGAGGUGGUUGCUGUCGCGGAAGGGAAGGCUGAGGUCCAGCCACAGAAGAGAGCAGAGGACACUGACCGAGACUUCACGUUGUUCUACGUGAAUCGCACAAGGGGCGGGAAGAGGGCACUCUGGUGCUUGGGCAGGACGGAGUUCUGCUGCCCCAGCCGUGACCUCAGGGAUCAGUGGGUAACUCAACUCAGAACGGCUCUUAAAACACACUGUCCCUCUCGCCCUCGCAGGUUGCUGGUGUUCGUCAACCCCUAUGGGGGGAAGAAGAGAGCGAAGCAGGUCUAUCGCUCCUUAGUGGCUCCCUUGUUCGAGCUGGCAGGUGUCAGCACUCACGUUGUCGUGACAGAACGAGCCAAUCAGGCAAGAGACCAUAUCCUGAAGAAAGACCUGACAGGGUUUGAUGGCGUGAUUUGUGUGGGUGGAGAUGGAAUGUUCAGCGAGCUGCUGCAUGGCGUGAUUGGACGAACCCAGCAGGAGGCGGGCAUUUCGGAACAUGACCCCACGGUGAUGCUGCAGUCAUGUGACCUCCACAUUGGCAUAAUCCCAGCAGGCUCCACAGAUUGUGUUUGUUUCGCCACAGUGGGUGUGAAUGACCCGGUUACAUCAGCAUUGCACAUUAUUAUUGGUGACUCUCAACCUCUGGAUGUGUGUUCUGUCCAUCACCACAACACACUUGUCCGUUAUUCUGUCUCACUGGUGGGGUAUGGUUUCUACGGCGACGUUUUGGCAGAAAGUGAGAGGCUUCGCUGGAUGGGACCUCUCAGAUAUGACUUGUCAGGUUGUCUAGUGUACCUGUGCAACAGGAGCUACGAGGGAGUCGUGCAGUAUCUUCCUGCAGAUCCCCAGCUCUCCAGCCCUAGAGACAACAUGCGCUGCCUCUCCGGAUGCCGGGUGUGCUCUGAGAGCACAGAGAUGCUGUUCCCUCACUCGGACAGCUGCAGCUCUCUCUACAGCAGGCAGCUCAGCCAGUACAGCAUCGGGUCUGAGGGGGAGUGGAUGAGCGUGGAGGGCAGGUACAGGUGCGUGUCCCUUACCUGUAUGUCCAGUUCGUGCCCACGCAGCCCGAAGGGCCUGUCCCCCGCCGCACAUCUGGCUGAUGGGACAGGUGACCUCAUCCUGGUACAGGACACCGACCCCCUGGGUUUCCUCACAUACCUACACAGACACACCACCAGCAAGGACCAGUUUGACCUGCCCUUUGUCGAGGUGCACCGCGUCAAGGCCGUGCGCUUUACCCUUCCUCCCGGGGAGGAAGAUGACUACCAUGACGAAGAGCGAGAAAGGCAAAGUAUAACAGAGGGAGCGCAGGGGACGCCCAAAAUGGCGUGCAACAGCGAUGUGGAGUCGUACGGGGAUGGCUCACAGCAGUACCUGGCGGCAGAGCAGGAGGAGCCAGGGAUGAAGGACAGGAGGAGGAAGAGGAGGAACUUCCUAUGUGGGCUGUGCUGCAGCAAACCGCCUGCAGUAUCUGUAUGGAACUGUGACGGGGAGCUCCUGCCAUACACGGAGAUCUUUUGCAAAGUCCAUGGUCAGCUGGUCCGUCUGUUUGCCAGGGGCAUUGAGGAUGAGGAAGGCCACGAGGAAAAUAAGAGCUGUAAAGGGAGAUGUGUUCUACACUAGUGAAGCUCAUUAACCAUGAAAGAGGGCUGGAGGAAUGUAAAAAUGACAAAAUUGUAGUAAUUAUUUAACUUAUAAAAGUGCAAGCUUGAAAUAAAAUGUUAC